GACCUAUAAAAGAGGAGUGCGGCUUGGAGCGCGGGACCAGACUUUCCCCUGUUCUGUUCUUGAGGUGCGAUAGAGACUCCAUACAAAGAUACUGAGCAAUAUGGAGGGGACUUUCCGAGAGCAGCUUUUCUUCCUUGUGUUAUGUCUGUCAUUUCUGAAGGGAGACACCAGAUACAUCGAGGAAAAUGACAUUACACCAGAGGGAUUAUUUGCACUUCUUAAUUCAGAGCUCAAAAGAGAAAUACCCGAGACAUUAAUUUACAGGCGACCCCUCCGUUGUCUGGACAUGGUGGCAGUAGAGGGUCAGUUCACCUUCACAGCAGACCGGCCUCAGCUCAGCUGUGCUGCUUUCUUCAUCGCUGAGCCCGAACAGGUCAUCAGUGUGGAGUAUGACAGCGUCGACAUCGACUGCAGGGGAGGAGACUUCAUCAAGGUGUUUGACGGCUGGGUGAUGAAGGGAGAGAAGUUCCCUAGUUCCCAGGACCACGCCCUGCCGUUGAUGGAACGCUAUGUGGACUACUGCGACUCUGGGACGGUCAGGAGAACCGUGCGGUCGUCUCAGAACGUUGCCAUGCUGUUCUUCCGCAUUCACACUGCCGGGAGCUCCUUUACGCUGACAGUCAGGAAACCCAUCAACCCUUUCCCCUGUAAUAUCAUCUCACAGACACCAGAGGGCAGCUUCACCAUGGUGAUACCCCAGCAGCACAGGAACUGCAGCUUCUCCAUCAUCUACCCUGUAGAGAUCAAGAUUGCUGAGCUCAGCCUGGGACACCUCAACGACUUCCCCAUCAAGAGGUCCAUCCCAGGCUGUGCGGGAGCAGGGGACUUUGUGGAGCUGCUGGGAGGGAACGGGAUGGACCCGUCUAAAAUGUUCCCUGUAGCUGACCUUUGCUACAACUUUAACGGUCCCGCCUUAAAAACAAGAGAGGCAGAUUUAGGUCUGGCCCACUCCCUCCCUCCCUCACACCGGCCAAUUAUAGUCCCGGGAGGCAUGGAUGCCUGA